GGAGGAAGAAAAGAAGGCGCUGACAGAGGUCAACAUCACAAUGUCUUCCCUUGUUUCUUGUAUUCUUGAAAACAACUCUUCAAGCAACACAAGUGCAGAAUCCGGCUGUGUCGACGAUCUAUGGCAGCUUCUAGGAACCCUUAAGCCAGCGGAUUUCAGAAAUCUAAUGGAGAACGAACUGGAGUCAGACUGUGGCGAUAGCGACACACAAUGUACCAGGCAUAGAGGUCUGUUUGUAGACAUGUUAUCUAGACGCGGAGAUGAAUUAUCACAGUCUCUAAUUGUAUCGCUAAUAUUGCAAAGUCCACGACCCAGUGAAGAGGAAAUGCAACGCUGUCUAUUCCACCUUGUUGCUUUGGAAAAACCUUCGAUUGAAUUAAUGAGUGCUGUAGAGGACAUUUGCAUGGGUGAGAAUGAAUCCUUUACCGAAAUUGAAAGUCUUUCUAACACACAGAGAAGAUCAUGUUUGAGUUUGGGCGCCUUGGUGAAGAACAUGAAGAUACAUCAUCUUUCAUAUGCGGAUAAGGUGACAGCAAAGAUAGAAAAAUGGCUGACCACAGAAGGCCGAGCCUUAGAAUUAGAAGAAUCUUCGGAAAACGACAAAAGGAAAAGCCAAUACAUAGUUACAAAGAUGACAUUGCUACAUGUCCUUGGUAACGCGGGGAUGGAAAGGUCGUUGGAUCACAUAACAUCAUUUAUGGAACCCAAUGCUGGACCUUCAGAGUGGAGGAGAGCGGCAGUUGCUAGUCUGAAGCAUUUCACUUGUAAUAAGAGUGCUGAUUCCUUACUACGCAGUGUAUUACAUGACGACAAUAGACAAGUGAAACAAGAUGCUUAUGACGCGUUCCUUUCUCACCCCAACAAAGGCAAAUUGACCGUACCUCAAAAGGAUGCUAUUCUUAGUACGAGUUAUGACUAUCCCACUCUACUGCGUCUAAGAAGAAGUGUGGUCACAUACAGUGCAAGCCUUAAAGAUGGAAUUUACUUCGGCAUUUCACUUCCAGGAAUAAACUGGAAGAAAGUGAUCGGAAACUCAGCAAUUGGAGCAGAAUUUGGCAUAAUCCUGAGGAACAACCUCGAACUAGAACUAAAAUUUUUAUCGGGACACUUUGAGAUAGAUGUCUACAAUGCAGCCUUCGCCCAUUUGAACAUCAAACUUCUGAACCUAAAGUAUGCUUUGCUGGAUGCAAAAAUGUGUUAUAUGGGACAUAUUCGUUACGACAUAAACAUUUUGAAGGAAUUUGGAAUCAAAGACAUCGAGGAUCUUGCUAAUAUAUUUGACAAAAUGAGCGCAACUGUAAUAGAUCCUAUAGUCAAGGCUGUUCAAACCUUCAAAGAUGUCAUGAACUUUCUGAAAGACGGAGGAAUCGAGAAACUGUUCAACACAAUUGUUCAUGUGCUGACAAACCUACCUACAAUACUUCGAAAUAUAGCUCUCAAUUUUUUAGAGCAUAUCAAAACUGUGCAUCAUUACGGUGGAGUUCCCUGGAUUGAGCAUUUGAAACGAGUCGUCACCAAAAUACAUACUUUUAUCAAUGACGUCCAAGAAGAUGCCAUGGGAUUCUAUCAGAAAACCAUCGAUGCUGUCACAAUUACCCUACCCUACAUUGGCAAGAAACUCGUCGUGAGUCUCCGGAAAAUUAUAAGUGCCAUCACGUCAUUUCUCACCUCCCCAAUACAAUCUAUAGCCUCUCUAGCAAAAGGUGUUCUAGAUAUAAAACUGUCCAUUGGCAUGUUUAUGGACUUCAAAAACAUAAUGGUGGAAACACUUUUGAAAACUUCAGGGAGGACGCCCUUCUGGCAAAGUUACGGGGAAGAACUCAUAGAUAUAUUCCAGGAGAUAGAAAGUUUUGUUUCCAUGGUAACCGCACCUGCUCAGUCGAAAUCAGAGGAAGGUGAAUCUACACGACUGUCAGAUUGUUUUCCCUCUGUGGUUGAACAGACUUUGUGGUCCAAAGAAGAACUCAAACAAGUUGUUUUUGUCGCUGUCAACGAAACGUUCUUCACGUCUGAUUUUGGGCAGGAUAUCUUUGAGAAAGUAAAGGAUGUUAUGGACGUAUACAAAUCUCUAAAAUCUUCAUACAAGACGUUGCAAUCCUACGUUCAGAACAGCAUUAGCCUAGUACAAAGAGUAUUUGGGCCAAAAUUCCACAAAGAAUUCCCAACUCAUCGUCGCCCUGAGACGUCUGGAUGUGGACAAGGGGUGUGGCCAACAACUUCCAGCAAUGAAUUCCAAACAACCGGUGUAGAUGUUCGUCUUGCUUAUGGCCGAAUGCUGGUGAGUCCUGUCAAUGGCCGAGUGUACAGAGAAUCUUCGAAGCGCAUCCUUAUUAAACCGACGGAUGCCGGACUAUCAGACUUUGAAAUAAUUAUUGAGAACGUUGAAGCUGUUGAUACUAUCUCAGAUGAUGGACGUUUUGCUGAGGCUGGCGAAACUAUUGCUAUGGUAUUAAAGUCGAAAUGUGAGCCAAACUUUCUUCAUGUGUCUGUCCGUAAAAUCUCCCCAGAAGGAUUCGACUCCGACGAAGAUUAUACAUAUAUAGAUCCGUCUAGAUUUCUCGACCGAAUUAUGCCAAUUCCUAGAUGGGUGUUGGAGUGCAAGGAUUUCUAUUUCAAACACAUCUUCCAAACAGUUGACAUAGGUAAUUUUGGAGCAUACUUCGACGACUUAUAUAAAGAAAUAAAAAGAACUGUUGAAAAAACAAUUGAUAAGCUUGCACAACAAACCGUAGAUGACGUUUCGUUCGAAAUCCAAUUUGGAACUGAUGCCAACGAUGGAAAUUCCUUUUUAGACAUUGACUACUCUGGUGGAAGUGUCCUGGAUACACUCAAACAAUCCUUGCCUGAUUUUGGUAACGUGAUGAAACUGUACUCAUUCAGUGGAAUCACGGAUGGGCUCAAUAUCCUGAAGCUUGUCGACAUGGGUAGUUUCACACUUCAAAAAAUACACUCCAUGCUGGAAACUGAUUUGCUAAUGAAGCUUGAUUUGAUGAUUAACGAACUACGGAUUGCUGGCGUGGACAUAUCGCAACAAGAUCCGAGCACCCUGUCCAUGUCCAAACUCCAAGGUCUGUUCAAGGAUUUACCAGAUGACGUAUAUGGCGAUUGGCAAUCAACAGUUCACGAGGCUUUAUUGAAAUAUGAAAAGGAUUGUCCGAACUUUAAAGGAGUGGUCGGUAAAGGGACUGUCCUUGCGUGUAAAGCACAAACGGGUUGUAGAGGAUUAUCUUGCGCCGUUCCAUUAUGUAUUGGUAUCGCCAAUCAAUUCAUUAAGCUCGACAUUACCAUAGACCCGUGUGCAGCUCUCCUCUACAUCACAGAUGCAAGUGUGACCACAACGGUAGCCAUGGAUGAGAGUGAAAUUAACCCGGAAGAUGAAAUCAUGCAAAUGACAUGGAGGGAUUUUCUAGAUUUCUUAUCACAAAUCGCGGUAUUGGACAAUGAUACUCUGAAAAUAGCUGGUGCUAUAAGAAAAUUUGUCCUAGAAUCGUUGGUCGAGAGGUCGUUCAGUGAAGCUUACACACAAGCAAUAUCAAGCGCAUUUCCUAACGUUAAAGAUACGUGUGCUGUUGACGAGCAAAGAUUGCCGCGACUUAAUGGGAAUUUCAUUGCUUUGAAAGUCGAAAUUCCAGUUGGACCAAUUUAUGUUCAGCUUAGGUUUAGUGUCGGUGGAUCUCUGGGAGUAUCAGUUGGAAUCGAAAUGUGCGUUCUAAGCAAUUAUGUCAAGGGCAUUGUUACACCAUCGGUUGAAUUGAGAAUAAAAGGAUCAGUGGGAAUACGUAUCCUGAUUUUUACUGGCGGAUUAACCCUUGAAGGUCUCUUCAUGCAAACAAGGUUUCCGUUAACAGUCACUUUCAGAUUCAGCAAAUUUCCUAUCGGAAUAGACAAACAGAUGGACCUGGAACUAAUACCCGUUACUCUCACACUUCGAGCAUGGCUGGAAAUAGAUCUGUGGUUAUUUAGUAGAACACUAUUUUCAGGUGUUAUUUGGAGAUAUCAAGCCCCUACCAUACAUGAAAACAUAUUUACGAUCAAAGACGACGAGCCAGACGUCGAUCCCCCAUUGAUUGAUUCACCAAUCUCCCCGGGGGGUGACGUGGACGUAGGCUGUAUUGUUACACAGGUUAAGAAUAGGUCCCCUCUUGACACCGCGUUCCUGUUAGAAGUAUCAGCUUCAGAUCCAGUCAGUGACGUUCAUAUGUUCUACUCGAUCGGGACAACUUCCGGGACGGCAGAUGUUUCCGACUGGACAGAUUAUUCCGGUCCAUCGCUUGUCGUGCCUACCAAAGACGACUUGCCGAACAGCAUUCCAUUAUACUGGAAUGUCAAAGCAAGGAAUAGUCAGGGACUCGAGAUAUACACGACAUGUCAACUUAGCACGUACGACAAUACUAUACCAGAUGGACGAGUUGACUCGUCGUUCGCCUUCUCUAGCCAUCCAAGUGUACUUAGUGGAACCAUAACAGUGUUCGACGACAGCCAACUGAAGGAACCGCAUUACAAAGCCGUCGGUUUCAGCUCUGGCAGAUACGGCAAUGAGGUAAGAGACUGGGAAAAAAUGACAUUGAACAACAACAGUCCUCGAUCAAAUGAACCGUCCGAACUGAAAUAUUUUAGUACUCCCAAAGCAGGAAAAUUGACUGUAGCAAGUUUUGCGUCCUCAAAGACAAUGACAGCUCUGUUAUGUGCGCAUGAAUGUCUGAGUUAUGACAGAAAAUGUGUUUCGUUUGAUUACGCGUACCAUACGGAACAGUGUGACCUUCAUUCUGUUGUGGAAGGACACCAAGCAAAGCUUAGAAUCAUUGGAACCUAUGCAAACUACGAGCGUCUGAAUAUAGGAAGUACAGUUUAUGUGUUAUACACAGAUUUAACACUAGUCCACGGACUUACCUACUUCAUCAAUGUCCAUGUUACAAAUGUACUGGAAUAUGAAGGCUUCAUGAAAUCGUCGGGAACCAUUGUAGAUUUUACUCCGCCGGAGACAGGACCUCUUGGUAAGGGAUAUAACGAAACCAUACAAGCUGACAGAUGUCAUGCUGCCCUUACACAGAGGUGUAUUUACGUCACUGAUCUAUUGAAUCACAGAAUAAUACGAGAUGGAGAGCAAGGACAAACUAUCUACAACGGCCACGUUCCACAGACGGAUCUACUUUACAGUCUGGCCAACCAUUAUCUCACAGUGAAUUUUGACGGAUUCAAUGAUAAUGAAUCUGGCAUUUGGGGUUACACAUGGUCAGCUGGUACAAACGUGUGUGGAUCGGACGUGGUCCCAGAGAGAGAUCCACACGGCCAUUUAUCCCAUGAUAAAUACUGGACUCACACAGGAUACACCAAAGACCUGUCUCUGUCUGACGGGAAAUACUACGUCAUGGUCAGUGCUAUUAAUAAUGUAGUGCAUGGAGGCGCGUUAGUGACAACAGUUUGUCAUACAACUUCAAUCGUCAUUGAUACAACACCUCCUGUUUUUGAGGAAGUUUCCGGUGUCUAUUUCGACGAAGACUUUGAUAUUUUGGCAAUCUAUUACACAGCCUUCGACGAAGGUUCAAAGCUAAAACUCAUCGAAUUCGGCCUCGGGAAGACGAAGCAUGACGUUACUAUACGUGGUUACUCGGAGUAUCCACUUGUUACCGGGGACGACCCGUUUGUCGGUGUAGAAGAUUUCGACCUUACACCUGGAGUAUAUGCCUGGAUACGAUUGCGGGUAGAAAAUAACGUUGGGUUGUUCACGAGUGGACAUGGGGAAGACCCUAUCAUGAUAGACAGAACAGCUCCUUUAGUCGGCAUUGUCAAUGACGGGGCAAUUAUAAAGUCUGAUAUACAAUAUCAAUAUGACACGACAACCAUCUGUGCCAAUUGGGUUGAAUUCUACGACCCUGAAAGUGGAAUAUCCAAGUUUAAAUGGGGUGUCGGUACGACAAGUGGACAAGAUAACAUAGUUUCGUUCAGGAAUCUCACGCACCACGAAAAGCAUGUAUGUAGUAGCGGUGUGAGCUUACACCACAACAAGACCUAUUUCUACACAGUUUUCGCCUAUAACUCUGCAUUGAAUCAGAAAUUCGUGAACACAUCUUCUAAUGGUGUACUGGUUGACGUAACACCUCCUGAUGUUGGAUGGGUACAUGACGGGUUAUCUGGCCAUAGUGAUGUUCAGUUUUCAUCCUUGUCAGCAUCAAAGUCAUGCACAUGGAACAACUUUACUGAUGCUGAGAGCAAUAUUGACCAUUUUGAAGCGUCAGUUUAUGUGAAUAAUGAACUACGGAAAACAUUUGGAGUAACAAAAAAUACAAACAUUUUUACUGACCAUACUGUUACAAUGGAGCAUAGUGACGUAAUAUACUGGACACUAACGGCACAUAACGGGGCUGGACUUCAGACCGAUGCUGCUACUGAUGGAUUCCGUGUUGACCAUUCAGCUCCAGUCAUGGAAUACAUCCGUGAUUCAAAUACGGGCAGUGAAUAUCAAUCAAACAGUUCCAAGUUAGACAUUUCGUGGAAAGUGUCUGACCCAGAAUCAGGGAUAAGCCAUCAUUCAUUUUAUAUUCAAGAAUUGAAGCACGGAUCAAAAUCCCGAUUUUGGCCUAAGGAAAAACAAUACGAAGUCGUUUAUGAAAGUACCGGGGAUAUGGCAUUUCCAUUACAAGAUUUGGAACUGAAAGAUGGGGCAAUGUACAGUGUUAAGGUUAUUUCUACAAACAACGCUCUGCUGUCGACUCAUCACCAAUCUCAAGGUGUCAUUGUAGAUACAACGGCGCCGAUCAUAACAGACGUUCACGUUGGUGUAGUAGGGGAAGAUGAAGAUUUAGAUGAGAAUGGAAACAUCAUUCAUGUCGAGCUAGCACCACUUCGUGUUAAUUGGGCUGGAUUUGAUUCUAACAGUGGUAUUUCCCAUUUCUACCUCGGGGUAGGAACUGCAGUUGGGGACUCAUCUCUCACCAAUGGUUUAUUGGACAUGCACCAAAAAACAUCCAUCGUCCUCGAAAACCUAAACCUGGAAGGCUUUGACUCAUCACAGAAAAAGUACUAUGUAACGCUUUGGGCAGAAAACGGUGCUGGGUUGAUGUCGGAUUUCCUGUCAUCAAAAUCUAUUGUGGUUGCGGAAGCAAACGUCCCUGGAAGUGUUAACGAUGGCUUUGACGAUUCCAUUGACAGUGAUGUAGAGACUGAUAAAAGGUCGAUCGGCGUGUCGUUCAACGGUUUCAGAAGUGCUGCUUGUAACAUUGUGAAAUAUGAAUGGGCUGUGGGAUCUGGAGCCUACUUUUCAGACAUCGUACCAUUUUCAGAUUUUGGAAUUGUACUUCGUAAUGAAAGUUUUGGACACGCACACCUCAAUAUCAAGUUGGAUGAGAAUGUGUUUUACUAUAUAGCUGUUCGUGCUUCAACAGGGCACGAUUGUCACGAACAGUACAUUGUGUCAACAUCAGAUGGUUUUAAAAUUGACACAACUAUCCCGACAAUAUCUGCGAUUUCACCGCCAGAAAAUGAUACGGAUUACGUUCACAACAACCAAAAUCUGUUUAUACGAAAUGUCGACUCGCCUGUAUUACAUUGGGAAGUGUUUGAUUCGUCACAUAUAAGGUCGAUGAAAUGGGGAGCUGGAUCACUUCCAUAUUUAGACGACCUGCAUAAAUUAUCAGAGACAUCACAAUAUCGACUACAACUGGGAGAUUUGUCAAUCUCUAGCGGCGAGACCUUUUGGCUGUACGUCACCGCAGAAGAUACGGCUGGUAACAUUGGACUUUCCUUAUCACCGCCAAUUACAUCGGACACAACAGCACCACUCAUUAACAACCUUCACUGUGAUCCAACUACCUCAAUGAAGUAUGGUAUAGUAACGUGCAAUUGGGACGCUGAAGAAGAAUUCGAAAGUAAUUUGAUUGGCCUGGAGAUCGCUAUUGGAACAUCUGAGGAUCUACAGACUAUCCUGACCUACACAGCAAUACAUAUUGAAAAACAGCAAUGGUCGAAAGAUAUAAAAACGGAUAUUGCUAGCCUUCAGGUGACCGCACUUUAUGUAAGCUUUCGAGUUUCUAAUAUCUUGAACUUUGUCCAGGAUUAUGUUGUGAAACUUGACAUUGACAACACUCCCCCUGUGAUCGAGUCUGUUGUUAUUACAACAUCAAUGGAAACCGGAAAUGACGUGCAGACCUCACACCAACAAUGUCAGAUACCAACGUCGUACGUAGAAGUGACACUAGGCACACUAGAAGAUGCUGAGUCACCGAUUGAAAGAUUGGAAGUUUCACUCAGUAGUGAUAUUGGGGAAGAGGACAUUCUGCCAUACACAGACAUAACAACGCCAUUGGAGGGCUCGAUAUUUUUUGGACAUCUUUCCCUUGAACCUGGUACUCAAGUUUAUGCUAAAGCACGUGUUCACAACGUUGUAGGUCUUUACAGCACUGUACUCUCAGACAGUGUUAUGAUCAGUCAACCAGCAAAACUUGUCAUACACGAUGGAAUAUUUGGCACCGACAGGGAUGUACAAAACGAACUCAAUAAAAUGGACGGUAAAUGGUAUUAUUCUGGCUACUGUGACGUGCAGGAAGCUGAAUGGUCCAUACUUGACAGUACAGGCGCUAUUUUACAACCUUUCCAACUGCUGCCUGACACCACUGUAAUGUUUUAUAACGAUGAACUUCAGCUUAUUAACGGGAUCACGUAUAUGAACGUCAUAAGAACUACGGAUGGCCUCAACAGAACAAUAGAACAUUCAUCAGAUGGGAUAACAGUAAAUAUCCAACCACCAUCACCCGGCUUUGUACGAGAUGGACUUGAAGAGGACAUCAAUUACCAGCUAGCACACGAACACUUGUCAGGAAAUUGGGACGAAUUCGGAGACAAAACUUCAACAGAUCUAACUCAAUUAAUUUCACAUUACGAAGCCGCCAUUAGCAAUGAUGUCAGAUAUGAAUCAAUGAGGGCUAACGUUCACCCUUUCGUUAACACUAGACUUGAUACCUUCAUAACAUUCAGUUCACUCAAUUUGACGAAAACGUCAGUGACGUAUUUUAUAACAGUUAGGGCAUACAGCGUGUCUGGGAGCUUUGAAGAGGCAUACUCUAAUGGAAUUAAAGUCGGCUAUCAGGAUGGAAUACGCGGUGGUUCUGUAACCAGUACCAUGUAUCAACAUGAGACACAGCGGCUUUCAUUUUCCUGGUCAGGAUUUGAAUCCGACAUUGGAUUGAGACGUUUUUACGUUGGAAUAGUGUCAGCUGGUGUUUCAGUAACAAAUGAAUCUUUUCCUCAGGAACAGUUAAGUACUUUUGCAAACAACUUCGAUGUUUUCCCACUGACAGAUGUAAAUGCAGACACUUUCUUUGAAGCUUUGGAUAUAACACUUCUUCAUGGACAAAGCUAUCACCCAGUCGUGGUCGCUAUCGAUAAUGCCGGUGCUUGCAAAGCUGUAACCGGGGAAAGCGUUCUGGUUGAUACAACGCCGCCGCUAACCUCGGAAGCGAUUCUACUGAUCAACGGCAGAAUUUCCAGCACAUUUAUUUACAUAGACAGUUCGGAUACAGUAUGUGUUGAAUGGAAGAAUAUUACAGACUCAGAAAGCGACAUACUAUCGUUCAUUGUCACAGUUUGGGAGUAUCAAGGAUGCAAUGGAAAUGGUGAUGAUAGCCAGAAAGUACUUCUGAAAAGUGUCACAGUCUCAUCAGAGACACAGGUGAACUUUCGCGACAUGAACCUAGCAUCAAAACAGAAUUAUGUUGUAAGUAUUGAAACAGUAAACAAUGCAGGCUUAUCAGGAUUCACAAAUCAAUUCUACUUUCGUAUAGACGACUCAAAACCUUUAGAAGGCACAGUAAAGAUAGGUGAGGAUUGGUUCCAAAAAACAACAUACCAGUCUUCGAAAAAAUCUAUAAGAGCACUGGUCGCCAUUGCACGUUCUGAGGAGUCAUUCACCUGUCCAUCACAGAUACAGUUGCUUCCUAAGAAAGAGAACAAUGCUGGGUGGUUUGAAGAAAGCACAUGCGUUGACAAUUGUGUACACAUUACCAACGAUUUAUUAAGGCUAAAGAUAGGAUAUAAUAUCGCGAUAACAACCAUUGACACAGGAUGCAUUUCAAGUGACACUAUAACAAUUCGGAAAGGCGAAUAUACAGCAACAUUGAAUGCUGCAGGAGGGAGCAAUACGAUAUCUUCUUUCUUUAUUGGAACAUCACUGAAGACAGUAUCAACUAGUUUAGAACCCCCUGUUCCAAAUGAUUUCUUUUCGGCGUCAAAUGAAAACGAUAAUGCAACAAGUGAUGCAUCAAACACAACAAUGUCACAAAACGGGACCGUGGGGAAUGUGGAUACACCCGAAAUUGUUCGUAACGAGGAAGACAUCGGCGUCGAUGGCUGCGGUGUUAGUAUUAUCGGAGAAAAGCAAAUAGACAGUCGAUAUUGGGAUGGAGUAUUUUGGUGCGUUGAUAAAAAUGGACGAAAUAAAGAAUGGUUCACACUAAAGAAUGAUCCCACAGAUAGAAUUAACUCACUGACUAUUCGAUUACUGGGUAAUGAGUCGGGAACCUGGGAUCUCGAUCUACUUAUAAAUGGUGAACAAAAGGCUGUUUUGAGUGGAACAUUGUUACCUCAGCGAGCAAGACUUUAUUUCCAUACGGCGACAAACAACGGGUACGUUUAUCCGAAGAAUCCGUUUGAUCCAUUCCGAUCGUAUGUGACAAUAACCGAUGUCUCUAUUCCGACAGAGGAUGAAUCAAUGUGUCAAUAUGGCAAAGGUUUCUUUGACAACGAAAGUGACAUUCAAAGUAUAUGGCUAGGUGUAUCUGACAACCUCGACGAGGCCGACAAUAUAGAACCAUUUAAGAAUGUCCAGACGUUUUGCCAAAAAUGUACUGACAAUUGUUCUGUUGGAUGUGAUGAACAAUGCAGCUUAAAUUCAGACUUUGAACUGUUUUCUUACCAAAUAUCAGACUUAAACUUGCAAGAAACUGUUAUUGACAAAAGCGAAGAUAGUGUUACAGUGAAAAACGAUACAACUUAUUAUGUCAAUGCAAAGGUCAUCAAUUUCGCUGGGGAUGAAAGUAUGUCGUAUUCAAAUGGCAUCAUGGUCGAUACUACCCCUCCAGUAUGUGAAUCGGUGAAAUGCUUAGAUCCUGCCUAUAGCAGCACUGAAGAGACAUCUUUCAUUGGUACCGAUCGAAGAUUAGGCGCAUAUUGGUCUUGUGGCGAGGAUAUAAGCGAGCUCAAAGAAGCAAUAGUAAGUAUUACUUCUCUUGAUGAUGGCAUGAUUGUGUAUCAAGAAAAGAGCAUUGGAAUGAACACAUCAGCAGAUAUCGAGCUAUUCAAUGGAACCAACUUCAAAGACAAAGGACAAUAUAGGUUUAACUUAAAGAUUAUCAAUGUUGCUGGACUAUCGUCAAUAUAUUUCUGUGAUGUAAAAGUUCUGCUUACUCCUCCGGCGAUAGACAAGAUCGAAUUGUCCACCUUCUUUGGUGCAGUUACAGACAAUGCUAGUUCUGUUGAAUGGAUCGAAUUCAACGACAGGUUAGGAAUAUCUUGGACCAAUGAAGAUGACGAUGUGGAGUUUUAUGAGUGGAAAGUAGGCACAGAGCCAGGGAAAGACGACAUCAUCCCCUUGUCCAUAAUAGGGGGGAACAAAUCAUCGAGUAGUUUUUAUAUUCUCAACAAUCAAAUCUGGAUCGACGGUGUAGUGGCACAAUGGUCUCUCGCCGACCUUGCUGACCCUUCGAAUCAUAGUCAGGACAACGCAAGUAGUACUGAUUCAAUGCUUCAACUGGAACCUGGGCGAUGUAUGUACAUCACUCUUCAAGCACGAGGACAUUCGCAUUUAACCAGCGUAAUACAUAAGGCCCCGCUAUGCAUUGCAAGAACUGCUGACGCUACAAUAAAGUCCACUACACAGUCACAGAUGGUAGUAUAUGCUUUUCAAGGCUCUAUGACAACACUACAAGACGGGAAUGAAGCAUCUUCGGAUUUUCUUGUUAACGUCACAGAGUUUUUUGGAGACGCCGUUGUUGGCUUGUUAUCUGACAUCGAUAUUACGACAACUUACGGGUCUGCAGCAUCCGCCACAUUUCCGUCUUUCAUCGCCAACCCUAACAUCACACAGGAAAUGACGUCUCGGAUAUUGACAAAUAGGAUCAUACGGUUCCUCGGACAAACAUUUUUUAUGUCGCCCACGCCAAUUUAUGAGUUCACUUCCAUGAAAAUAAAGAUCGCAGUCAAUUCUACAUUUGAACCUAACUCUGUACCAGUGUUGGCAGUCUGGAUAAGCAACGAUGAUGGAACUGGCUUUUGGGAUAUCACAGAUCAGUCAUGUACUUCUGGAUACUAUGAGGUGGAUGAUGAUGGUUAUCUAGUUUUCGAGAUAUGUCAAACUGAAACCAGUAGACGUAAGAGAAGAAGUACAGGUAAUACUGUCAGCACCCCGUCCCAGUUUGCAGUAUUUGUCAUGAACCAAACGUAUUCCAACACUCCUCCUGUGUUAAACACUUCAUUGGUUUCAAUGGAUGAGGAUACUUACUUGGAUACUGUUCAGCUUCUCUGGUCCGACGCAGAUUCAGACAGCGUUACAUUUGAACUCUCCUCGAUUCACGAGAAUGACUCGAUCAAUAUAACUAGUGACGGGAAGCUAAGCUUUACCCCACUUCCGCACUACGUAGGCGCAUUUCCAGUAAAUGUGAUACUGAAAGAAAACACGUCACAUGCAGAGAAGCUGGAAACUAAUGGUGUGCUAAGCAUCUAUGUCGUUAACGUAAAUGACCCACCUAUUUUGUUGUUCCAACAACAGGACGGAUCUGUUUCUGAUUCUCGUCAAAUACACAAUACCACACUCUUUCUUGAAAGUAACCUUACCCAAUAUGAUAUAGGUACAUUGGUGGUUUAUGACUUUGACGAAAAUGAUACAUUUGUGUUUUUGGAAAUGACCAAGCGCAAUGGUCAGGUGACCAAUGAAACAACUAUGAGUAUUCACGAGACAACGGAAAGAUCUAUAUUAGUAGAUGUUAUGGACUCGGAGUAUGUAAAACAGACUUUAUACGCCAAUGUUAAUGUUUCGUCUCAAAACAACUUGACAGGGGAGAUACAUUUCCAUUUUCGCGUUCAUGACCAUGAUAUUGCCUACUCAUACGAACAUGUUGCAGUCGUGUUUUUCCUGUUCAACCCAUGUGUGCAUGGCAGUUGUGGAACUAAAGUCACAGACGGACCACCAUGUAACAGUACACUUAGAUCGGUGACAUUCGAACCAUACGUAUGUGUUUGCGAGAAGGGAUUCGAAGGUGUCUGGUGCCAGGAUGAAAUUGAUGAGUGUGAAACCAUAGGCUGCUCGUGGUUUCACUUUUGCACUGACAUAAUAGGCGACGUGGAGUGCACACUGAACUACAGCAAACUGAUCCCAAUAACAAUCGUGUGUAGCUUGGCAGUCAUUGCUCUUGGUGUCAGUAUUUGGGUAUUCGGGAGACAACAGUACCGGAAGUCGGUGCACAAGGAUACAGUCGAUGUGGACAGCAUUGGAUCGCAAACAAACUUUGCCUUCGAAGAUAGCGAAGAAUUACGGCCAGCUUCAACAAAGGCAGCUUGGCCUCCGACGUCCACCACAUUCCGUCAUCCAACCUUAGAAAAUAAAAAGCCAAUAUUCAAUCAUAAAUGGAAUACCCAAAGACUGGAUCAACCAGAUGAGGAAAUUCCGACCUAUGGUCAAGGAUAUCUCAGUGGACCGAAGGAUGAUACGAAAAUAUUUAGGGACGAAACAAAUAUGGGGUCCUUUGGAAGUCUACGAUCUGGACCGUUUUAUGUGAAACAUGCAUGGCAAGAAACAACAUCUCCGUUUGAUGUUCCUGGUCAUGGGGAAAAUGGUAACUUUGAUGGUGAGGACUUGGAAUCUUUGCCAUUUUCGACAAUCAUGACUCAAAAACAAGGAAAACCCCCGACUUCAACUUCGUAUCCGUUAUUUGGACCGCAAUAAAAGAGUUAGCCGUUCAUUGGAAGCAACGGAAAUUGUCCAAAGGAAUCAGAGCUUGUCAUCCUUGUGUGUCACCAAAUAGCCGCGUGCAUCCGUCGGAAGUUUCCAUGACUGUCAUAUGGACUGUGAUUUGACUCACGUUCGCCAUAAACUGUCACGAUUUAUUUAUUUUUAUUGAUGACAGGUUGUUAGAGUGAAUAUACACAAUAUCCGUUGACGAAUACCAAAUGUGACUUGUCACUGACAUUAUUUUUUUACUUUUUUUAUAUAUAUUUUCUCAUUUUCAAUUUUAAUCUUGUAGCACUUUAACCAUUAGCAUAGUUGAAAUGUAAAUUAUCGUAUAUUGUUAUAUAAGCAAUCACAUCCGUGCUUCUGAAAUCCAAUAUCUUAUGCAAAUAAUUGUAUCGAUGAUCUAAAAAACAGUGACCUUGUCCUAGGCUAAAACAUCUCAACGCGAGCAGCAUUUCUUGGUCUCACAUCGCUACUAUUAUCUUCUUAGCAUAUGACUAUCAAACCAUAGCAACAGCUUACGUUUAUGGAUCUGACGUCAAACAACACACUUAUCGGAUCUAGGGUGAGACAGAGAAAUUGUACAAGGGGUCAAAUGUAGGUCAGACACGUUAAGCUUGUAGAGUCUUGGCAACUUUUUUCACAUUUGUCAUUAUCUCAAGCGAUCCUAUAUUAUAAUUUUAUUGUUUAUCAAUUAUAACCUAACACAUUAUUUAUAUACCAUAUUAAUCAAAUCAACUUAUUUUUAAUAGCAUGAAGGCAUUUGUUGUAGGUAUUUACAUCUUUAUAUGCCCAUCUGCACAGAAAAUACCAAAAGUAAAAUUGAACAUGAAAGUCCAAUUGGUGUUCGAUGAAUGUAGGAUGGGAUGUGAAGUUUUACCCAUAAUAUAUAUCUAAAUUCAAACUAUUGUUGUGAAUCUAUACUCUUGUAGAUCUCCAAAAGCAGUUUCGAGUAGCAAACUAUCGUAUAUUUCGAAUCAUCGAUGUGCUUCACACAGGUAUAAUGGGACAGUGAAUUUUUGAAUUUAGUUAUAGCCGAUUAAAUGAUUAUGACUUAAAUAAACAAAAGCAACCUUACGCACUUUUAAUCAUUAUUUAAACACAUGUGCUCGUAAUCAUUAAGUAAAAUGGACACAGGGAGGCUUGUACUCGUCAAAUCAGUUUAACUCAAACCGUUUUUAAUAUCUUAAAAUGAUAUUCCUGUUCUUCUCAAUAUACUCUUUUUGUAAAAACAUGAAUAUCUUUAGGGCUUUAAAAAAAUAUACCGCUAUUUUAUUGGAUAGUUUGAUUUACUCAACUAGCUUUCAAUUGCCCGAAAACAUACGAUUUAUACAUUAAUUUGCAUUAAAUUUUCAGAAAUAUCAUAGAAUGAGUAAAAAAAAUGCGUAACUAGGGGUGAAAAUUGAUCAUCAAAACAUUCUGAUAUAUUUAAAAGUAUAAUCCUUUCCCCCAAAUUUCAACUUUCAUUGAAUGAUUUUUCAAGCUAGAUGUACUUGUCAUUUUGGCUUAAUUUCAUAAACAAGUGAAGUAAGUUAGGAGGGGAGAGGGGAAUGUCAAAUACGUGUCGUCGUCUCUAAAUUCAAGAACAGGUAGAGUUUGGUUUAUCCGCAUCUUCUAAGAUAAGGUUUAUAUAAUAGAUGCCAAGACUCUCAUUGGCCCUAUUGACUUAUAUAUAAAUUGACCGUCAAUACCUUUAUUCUACAAACUUAAAAUACAACCAGUAAGGUAUCCUCAAUGUUAGCAUUUCCCUAAACUCAAGUAAAAUGUUACAUAGUGUAUGUCCAUAGAUUUGCUUUCAAGAUCGAGAUCUACAUUAAUUCUUUCAUUAAAAAAUUCAGAAACACAUUUGAAACUAAUAAAUACCAGUUUUAAAAGUUAUAGAAAGAUAAUCUUAUGAAUAUACUUCAAAUAUAUUAAUUAUUAUAUAUAGCGUAUUUCGUGUUAUCAAUUGAUUAUAUCAUCUAACCCGACACAACCAAUAUUGGACAGUGCCGAUUUGCUACUGUUUUACCAAUCGAAUAUUUCAAUUGCCAGAUACAUUGUUCAGUGUACAAAGAUUCCUUCGGAUCAGUUAUAUAUAAUCUAGUGUAAUCAUGAUAGCGACUUCAUCAUCGAAAUCUGGAAAACGACGAUACCAUAGUAUAAUGCUAUUAAUAUACAACUGCAUCGUAAGUACAUCCACUGUGCAUUAAUAUAUACCUACUUCAUAGAUAGAAUUCUGCAAAUUGUCUUUUUGGUAAAAAAAAUAUAUAAAAAAAUGACGCAUUGCGAUUAUUUUUAGUAUGGAAAAUGAGUAAAUGAAUACAUAUGAAAUUAAUUGAUCAGAUUUUCCCCAUUUAUACUGAAGUGUGAACCAACCAUAACUACCUUCAGGCAAUUAAUAGCUCAUGUAAUAAGCACACGUUUUAAAGUUUUUUCUUCUUACUAAUUAUGAAGUUAAAAUAUAUGUAGUAACUAAAUUAAUAAUAAGUUAAACUGCAUGAUAUGUUUUUGAUGAUUUGGUCACAAAUCCAAUAUGUUUUUCAUCGUUAUAGUCAAUAAAAGUUUAUAUCACAU